AUCCAUCUUUCUUUGAUGUAUGGCUUAGAAGUAAAGUAGCAAAAUGGGAAACUCCGAGUCUUCACAAGCUGCUCCGUUCAAGCUUCCUUCUCCAUUGCCUUCUUGGCCUCAAGGUGAAGGUUUUGCAAGUGGAACAAUUGAUCUCGGAGGACUUGAAGUUUGCCAAAUUACAUCUUUCAAGGAAAUUUGGUCGACUUCUCAAGAUGACACUGACGUCACCUUCUUCAACCCAUCACCCAUACCAAAUGGCUUCUCUAUGCUUGGUUACUACUGUCAAUCCAAUCACACCCCACUCUUUGGUUGGGUGCUCGCCGGAAAAGAUGUCUCCGGCGGAACCCUAGCUGCUCCGAUCAACUACACUCUAGCUUGGAGCAGUAAGGAUUCAUCAUGUUACAUUUGGCUACCAAUACCACCGGAGGGUUAUAAGCCAGUAGGCUACGCCAUUACCACCUCACCGGAGAAACCCUCCUUCGAUAACAUCCGUUGUGUUCGAUCCGAUCUAACCGAGGAAUCCGAAACCGAUGCAUUGUUAUGGAGUUCGAAAGAUGUCAAUGUGUACGGAUUAAGACCGAAAGUUCGAGGGAGACUAGCUCGAGGAGUGUCCGUAGGUACAUUCGUGAUCGUGAAAACCGUAGAUGAUUCGAGUUUAUUAUCGCUUUCKUGCUUGAAGAACAAYAAUUUCGAUAACUUAACUUCUUCGAUGCCGAAUUUAUCACAAAUCGAAGCUCUAAUUCAAGAAUACUCUCCRAGAUUCUACUUUCAUCCUAAAGAAGCKUACUUUCCAGCUUCAACAACUUGGUAUUUCACCAAUGGGGUUCAGUUGUACCACACRGGAGAMGAAUCRAACCCSAUUUCAAUCGAACCMACMGGCUCRAACCUUCCUCAAGRUGGUUCGAACGAUGGCACGUACUGGCUCGACCUYCCGGUUGAYGAAACCAACARAGAGARGGUCAAGAAAGGUGAUYUGCAAARCUGUGAGGCUUAUCUUCAUGUCAAACCAAUGCUUGGAGCCACAUUUACAGACGUAGCCGUUUGGAUCUUUUACCCUUUCAAUGGUCCUUCGACCGCGAAAYUCGGGUUAAUCGAUAUCCCUCUUGGAAGAAUUGGUGAACAUAUAGGAGAUUGGGAGCAUGUAACCCUUAGGGUUAGCAAUUUCGAYGGAGUUCUGUAUCGUGUUUAUUUCGCGCAACAUAGYGGAGGGACAUGGGUCGACACCCCGGCCCUCGAGUUCUUAGAUUCGACGAAUAACUUCGCAGCUUAUCCGUCGUUAAAUGGCCACGCAACGUACCCGUCCCCGGGACUUGUACUACAAGGAACGAAUGUAAUUGGGAUAAAAAACGACGCGGCAAAAAGCGACAAGUUUUUCAAUGUUAAAGACAAAUAUUCAAUCAUGGCGGCCGAGUACAUCAGUGAUGUAGUCGAGCCACCAUGGGUGAAGUACACGAGGAAAUGGGGUCCAAAAAUAACGUAUCGGAACGGAACUGAGAUCGCGAAAUUACAGAGUUCGUUGAGCGGAAGUGUGGGAUCGGCAAUCGGGAGUUUGGCGAGUGUUAUACCGAGGGAAUUUUCGAGCGAAGAUGGACCUACCGGACCUAAAAUGAAGGUCGAUUGGGAUGGAGAUGAACGAUGAACAAGCUCUGUGAAUCGCACAGUUCAUUUCUUCUGUUUUGUAUGUC